AUGCUAUCUGCAAUUACUAACAGAGAUAUUGGUACUGACUUAAACAUGUGGGGGUUAUUAGAGGAUAAAGAAUUAUUUACAAAUGAUAAUAACUCGAUUGCAUCAUCGAACACAACAUGGUUAGAAUCUUUAGAAAAUGUUAUCUCAUCUAGUUCUAGUUCAACUUCAACUUCAAAUUCUCCAUUAGAUGAGCAAUUAUUGAAUUCUACAGACGUCUUUAGUACCAAUUUAAAUAUGCCAAAUACUAUGCCGCAACAAUAUACAUUGAGCAAUGCUCCUGUAAUAAAACAGGAACAGGCAGAAGAUAUUAAAAUUAAUAACAAGAUUCCACAAUCUCAAACAACUAAAAUAAAAAAGAAGAGAGCACCAAGAAAGAGAUUAACAGCAGAUCAAAAACAGGCACAUAAUAAGAUUGAAAAAAGAUAUAGAAUUAAUAUCAAUACUAAAAUUGCUAAACUGCAGCAGAUUAUUCCUUGGGUUGCUUGUGAAGAAACCGCAUUUGAAGUUAGUGACACUUUGAAAAAUAUUAAAAGUGGUGAUAAUUCAGUAGUUGAUCUUCACAAGAAUUCUCUUAUUUCUGUUCCACCUCCACCAGCUACUAUUGUUGCUCAACCAUCUGCAAAAUUAAACAAAAGUAUGAUUUUAGAGAAAGCUGUAGAUUACAUAUUAUAUCUUCAAAAUAAUGAAAAAUUAUACGAAAUGGAGGUUCAAAGGUUAAGGAACGAAUUAUAUACUGCAAAGCAUAUAAAAACAACUGAAUGA